GGAUGGACGCCGCGCAGGGUCAUCCAACUUCAGAGUCUUCUUCCAGUUUGUAACCCAUCGAUUCCGUCAGAAGUGAUUGGCUUUGCUGAAGGCACAGAUACCAUCUUCUUGGAGACGGAAGUUGGCGUUUUCACAUUGGAGAUCAUAUCAGGCAAGACGAGGAAGGUAGGCGAGACAGGUGGCUACUACGCUAUCCUACCCUACAUGAGCUUCUGUGCUCCAGGCACUCCUGUGGUCCAGGUUAGCAUCUGACAGCCAUGGCGAAGCACCAUCCUGACCUGAUCAUGUGCCGGAAGCAGCCUGGCAUCGCCAUCGGGCGGCUGUGCGAGAAGUGCGACGGCAAGUGUGUCAUCUGUGACUCAUACGUGCGGCCAUGCACGUUGGUCCGCGUCUGCGAUGAGUGCAACUACGGGUCGUUCCAAGGGCGUUGCGUCAUCUGCGGUGGCGUGGGCAUCUCGGACGCCUACUACUGCAAAGAGUGCACGCAGCAGGAGAAGGACCGGGACGGGUGCCCCAAGAUAGUCAACCUCGGUAGCGCCAAGACUGAUCUGUUCUACGAGCGCAAGAAGUAUGGGUUCAAGAAGAGGUGAUGGGAGAAGCUAUUGCUUUCAGGUUCUCUUGGCCUCUUGAUGAGUUGUGUUCGUCGAUACUGGGAGUUGGAUGUAGUGGCAACAGUUUGCUUUUCACAUUAUGUUAAUGGUGAAGAAUGGCGCCAUGAAAUUUGAACUGAGGUGUGCCUUUUCUUUCCUUAAUUUGCAUCUGAUUUUGGCUAGCUGAUGUAAAAUUAGCGACUUGCAGUUGAGCAUGCCUGAUCUGUCUGACACAGCGCUAUCUAUCAGCUUGGGAACAAAAUGAUUAGUGAAUGAGAAUAUGGGCUCGGAAUGUACCAUGUUUAUAUGUCCAGAAACUGUAGCGAGAAGGAAGUUUGGCAGUCAAGAAUGA